GAUGCAUUUCGUGACACAAAAAACCGCCGAGUGAAUGAGGGUGCAAAACUCAACGCCUGCACGGCGAUAAUACAGCUUGAUCCUCUGCGUCAAAUAACGUUGUACCAUUCUCUGACACUUCGCAACUCACCCUGCGUGAUCCCGACGACAACCGGCUCUUGACAUGGCGUUCGAUUACUUUGCAAACCCCCCUCCUGGACUGGACUUGACCGAAUCCCGCACUGCCUCUAACAACGCUAUCGGCGUUGUACUUUUCGUCCUCUCUCUCGUUUUCGUGAGCUUGCGCCUCUACACUCGCUUGCACGUAAAGCGUGAGCCACUUGGUUUAGAUGAUUACCUUAUGUUCCUCGGUUUGGCGCUGAAUGCAGGCAACUUAGCAUGCUGCAUUGCAGGCGGCUUCUACGGCCUUGGAAAGCACAUAUGGUCCUUGGGACCGUACGAGAUGCGACAGAUUACGAUAAUUACAUUCGCAUAUGUCUUCAUCUACGCAUGGAGUGUAUGCAUCAUUAAGUUCUCAAUUCUGGCGCUAUAUCGUCGCAUAUUCGGCCUCUCAUACUUUGGCUAUUUCUGCAUCGCUCUCACUACAGGUUAUCUCAUCACCAACCAUGUGGUCCUACCGCUCUACACGCGACCACUGCACUAUUACUGGAACCAGUGGUAUGGAGAUAAAGGCGUAGUCCAGGUAGACGAAGCAAAGUUCUAUCUCGGUGUCGGCAUCAUCAACCUUUUUGGCGAUGUGUGCAUCCUUACGAUACCCAUAGCGAGCGUACUUAAGCUCCACAUGGGACGUACCCAGAAGGUGGCAGUCUGUCUCACGUUCCUACUCGGUAGCUUCGUCUGUUUUGCUUCGCUUUACCGCAUCAUCACCAUCACCCACCUCGUCCAGUCGAAAGACAUCAGCUGGGCAAAGAGCGACGUUUUCAUCUGGUCCUCCGUAGAGCCUUCCAUCGGUAUCAUUUCUGGAUGCCUACCCACCCUGCGACCGCUCAUGAUGCAAAUCAUCAACGCACUCACGACUCGCCUGCCAUCCUCCUUUAAAUCAUCGCAGCACUCCGAAUCACCCAGCAAUUCGCUAAACCCUCUCGAAACGAUAUCCAAGAAGCGCACGCGCAGGAUCAACCUCAAGGAUACGUUGGGAGACACGGUUAACAAUGGUACUCGGAGCCAUUGGGGCAAGUCUCGAAUGGAUGAAGACGAAAUGUGUCUCACGACAACGACUGUGCAUGGGGAGUGCCCGGGCACUGCCAUGUGCAAAGAAGGCAGUGUGACCACAAGCGAGCUCUCACAGAGUGUGAGAAGGGAAAGAGGGAUUACUAUGACGAAAGAAUUCGCAUGGGAUGAAGGGACGCACGACCAAGGUCCGGACAACAAGGUCUAGACAAGUAGUAAAGCAACCGCGCACUCCACUCGACUUUUGAUCGUAUCCGCCCCAGGCAAGGGAAACAGAAUUUGGACCAACGUGAAUACCCCACCAACGCUCAUCUUUAGGUAACCUUGGAAAAGCAAAUUGAUGCAAUACCCCUUACGGAGCCUUUAUACC